AUGAAAGCGAUCCUACAACGGGUCUCUUCUGCCUCAGUCACUGUUGAUAACAAUCUGAUAUCCUCAAUUGGACGUGGAGUUCUGGUCCUAGCGGCAGUCGGGCCCCAUGACACUGAAAAAGAUGCUGAGUCUCUUGCUGCCAAAGUGCUGAAGCUCAAAAUGUGGCCCGACGACUCUGGUACAAAUUGGAAGAAAAGUGUACAGGAUAUUCAGGGUGAAGUUCUUUGUGUGUCCCAAUUUACGUUGCUCGCUAAGGUAAAGAAGGGAAAUAAGCCGGAUUUCCACGGUGCUGCUGAUGCGGUCAAAGCGAAGGAGCUCUAUGACCAUUUCUACUCCAAAAUUGGACAGAUUUACGACCCUCAGCGGGUUCGAAAUGGCGUGUUCCAAGCCAUGAUGGAAGUUGGUCUCGUAAACGAUGGACCUGUCACCUUGGAAAUUAACACUAGCCCUUCCAAAGCGGAAGAGUGA